CACAACUUUAAUCACCGAAAAUAAAGAAUUGUGGAUUCUAAGUUUUUGGUGAAGUGUAUGCACUUACGCUGCACUACUCGAUUAAUACCACCAUGUCAAAAACCGGAUUAUUCACAAAAAGCUGGGUCGAAAAAUCAAAAUUUGUUCCUGUACGUUUAAGCGAAGAUGAACGUCGUAUUCUGGGUUUAUUAGAAGCAGCGCUAAAUGUUAUUGAGUAUACCGAUCAUGUCGAUAUUAUAUCCUAUACAUCAAGGACAAAAUUGAUGGUGACUUAUCUAUCGGAAAUGUGCAGCAUUUUGACAGGCUUAAUUGUUGCAAUGGACGUAAAACUUGGUCGAAGUUUACUGCAAGGAAAGGACCAUGCCACGAACGCAGAUUUCUUCAAAUCGAUAUUUGAAAUAGGUCGACGUUAUAAAAUCAUGAACCCCGAAAAAAUGCGUACUACUUAUGGCGCUAUGAUGUACAUGUGCCAAGAUUCCAUGAUACCUGAUGUCCGUAUGCAAAUGGGCUUUGACUUUUACAUCCCUGUAAAAACCGUUUUUCGUGUUUUAGAAGAGAAUGGUUUGCUAGAUAUUCUUUCUGAAAAGCAGCUUCUAGACACUGCUCUCCAACAAAUAGAUCCCUAUGCUGGUACCUCCUUACGGUCCAAAAUAAAUGAGGAACGAAAAAAAAGCAGUGAUGUUUUGCUCAAAAAAUACGCAAAGGGGAAUGAUGGAAAAAAGAGAAUUUUGGAAGACUGUCUGGUUUCAUUAGCAGAUCAUGAGUCAUUUCUGUUGGCUAAUCGGGUUCCUGUUGAAAAAAUGCGAUCUUAUUUGUAUGAAUUCUUUUCACCACAAGAUUCAAAGAAAGGUGGAAACUUGAAAAUUGGUUUUAUGAAUGGUGCCCGUCUAACACAUGAUCACCGAACGCAAUUUUCUUAUGUUGACCAAAGCUUGCAAUUUUGGUCUUGUAUGAUGGACCAAAUGUUUUUGCUAUGGCUUCAAAGCGAUGCAUCCCUUGUUGACAAAGAUACGAGAUAUUUCAUUUCUGAUACUGGACAAGGUUUGAACCGCGUUCAGGCGUGCCCUUUGCUCCGUACGACGGUUAAUAGAAUAUUGUCCGGAGUACAGCAUGAGCAGGAAUUGCCUUGGAUAGGUAGCUCCGUUGUACAUUUAGGUGAUCGUGCCGUACCUAACGCUUUAAUGUUCAUCGACAAAUACCGCCAAGUCCCUCACAUCUUAACACCUCUUGUAAAGGUAUUACAACAACUGGAAUAUUUGAGAGAUCCCUUCUUGGUACAAUACAUUGAAGAAGAAUAUGGAAGCAUUAGAGGUCUGCAGCAGACUUUACUACUGGAUUUUUUCAAACAUGCAUUCGAUGGACGUGGUGCUGACAAUUGGUACGACGCUGGAAGUUGUAUUGACGGCCGGUUAACCAGCGCUUGGAAUUGGACAAACGAGAUUUCUAAGAAAAAGUAUUACCGUAUCCUUCUCAUGUCUGGGUUCCUAAAUUUUGAAGGUAUUUAAUUUCUACUACCCUUACCCUCCAGAAAAGCUACAAUUGCUAUUGGUUGCAAGUUUUCCAAAAAUAUAGACCCAAAUUUUAUUUAACCCGAUUUUGAAACAUAGAAAAUAAUCAAUAGCUGAAAAUUGACCUUUGAAAAAUAGUUAAGUACCGAAAGUACUAACCUCAAAUUAAAGUGUUCGGUUUUAAUUUACAUAACAUAAUCAACAAUAUAGGAUUCUUCCAACAAAUCAUUAAUCCUUGAAAGAUGACGCUGGGUAUAUGGAAACAUGCUAUCAAAAAUUCCUUUUAUUCCCGGAAUUUCCAAAAGAUGUUUAGGGGGGUAAGCGUGUAGAAGUAGAUGUAGCAGCCUCUGUGCAACCAUGCUAGUUUUGUUAUUAACAUUCCAAUCACGGAUGCGUUGAAAUAAAAUUGUUAACUGAUUAUCACUCAAAUCUGAUACCACCUUAUCCACGUCGGCGUUACCUGUAAUACUUCCUUUUUGAUGUGGAGAAUUCAUGACUCGUUCAAAAAGGCGUAGUAAACCGAGAGGUCUAUCCAAUGACAAUGCCAACGCAAUAGCAUUCCGCCAAUCUUCAGCCUUUUCGUAAUUAGCCAGUGAUUGUUCGGCCUCGACACGACGUUCGAGUUCCUCAGCUUCCUCAGCAGCAUGCUCUUCUGUGACAUCUUGCCAAACACUUACGACAGCAUCGGCACCACCAGAUACGAUGCGAGCACCAUCAUCACGAACUGCUACAGCCCAAACUCUGUCCUCAUGGUUAUCCAAUGUUGCGACGCAUUCACCCGAGGCUAUGGACCAAACCUUUACAAGACCGUCGGCGGCAGCACUAAUAAGUUGUGUGCCCCUUGAUAUAUAAGC